AGCAAAGCUCGAGUGCCCAAAAGACAGUCAGUCCAACAAUUAGUUUUUGGUCAAGUACGAGUCUAUGCAGAAGUGCUGUGCAAGCGGGGAAUAAAUAUUUUACAAGCAUUGCAACCUAACGAUGCUUACCACUCAAACCAAAGAUCCUCUAGCCAAGUUUGGAGAUUUUCUCUUCAAAUUAGAAUUGUUUGAGGUCAGUGAAUUGACGCUGGAGUAUGCCCGAAGAGAAUUAAACGAAACACCGGAAAAUAUUGAAAAUGGUUUGAGAGAAUUGAGACAAUUACUUAAAGAUGACUCCCAAUUGAAAACCCCGCUGGAGAGUGACUCAUGGCUGUUGGGAUUUCUAAGACUGCGUAAUUUCGAUCCAGAAAGUGCCUAUGAAAAGAUCAAAAUGUACUAUCAAUUCAGAAAGCGUUACGAAAAUUUGGCUAAAACAGCUAUGCCUAGCCGACUGAAGCAUAUAUUUGAUAUGAGCCUUGCUCUGCCACUCCCUAAACGUGAUCAAUGUGAAAGGCGUAUUGUAUUGGUGCGGUCAGGAAAAUAUUGGGAUUUAAAAAAAGUUCACAAAGAUGAUUUCUUUCAAGCGGGUGGAAUGUGUCAUGAACUUUGCGCCAUGGAGCCAGCAUCAAAAAUUCACGGUUUAGUGUCUAUAUGCGACAUGGAUGGACUGACUGUGGAACACGCUCUCAAACUUACAUUGAAAUAUACCAAACGUAAUGUGGAAUCCUAUCAGGAGGGAUCAUCGUUUCGUCCUUGUGCCUUGCAUUUUGUCAAUGAACCAUCGCUUUUUCAUGCCUGCUUUAAACUGGCUCGUCCUUUUCUAAACAAGGAGUGGUCCAAAUGUAUUCACUUUCAUGGUAACAAUAUGGAGUCGUUGCAUAAAUUUAUCUCACCAGAAUGUUUGCCAGAGUGUUAUGGGGGAACCAUGAAACUGGAACUUAACUAUGGGCCGCAAUUUUACGAAGUGAUAAAAAUGUUCGAAGAAGAUUUUAUUAGAAAUUAUAAUUAUGGAUAUAAAAAAUAAUUUAAGUUGAAUUUUUAUGAAUAAAUAAAAUGUAUUUUUUUAUAAGGUAG